GAGUGGGAGAAAUCGUCAUCGUUAAAUAAUAAUACUAUCUAUUUCUGUGUUCCAGAACGAGCAGAAAAAAACAAACAAAGUUUCUCUUUUUAUUUUGGAAGUCAAAAAAACUUGAUUAAUAAUUUUUGGUACGAUUUUCGAUUUCACAAAACGAAUACGUGGUGUGAUUAUCAUUUUCUUCAGCGAGCUACUGUGUGUAUUUUCAUCCAUUUAUGUUUGUGUUGUUUUGUUUUGUUUUCAAUUGUGUCCAUCCAAUCAAUUGUCUUUUUUGGUCAUCAUCCAAAUUAAACAAUUAAACAUCAACCAAGCGAGAAAAUGUCCGUACAUUAUAAAUUCAAAAGUGGUAAAGAAGCCCAUACAAUUACAUUCGAUAGUCUACAUAUAUCGGUUGGUGAAUUAAAAAAAGCCAUUAUGCAACAAAGAAAAAUUGGUAAAAGUGCCGAUCUUGAUCUAGAAAUAACAAAUGCUCAAACUAAAGAAGUAUAUAAAAAUAAUUCAACAUUAAUACCUAAAAAUACAUCUGUGAUUGUUGCCCGUGUACCUGUGGCAAAUUCGAAUAAAAAACAAUGGAACAAAAAUAAUAAUAAUAAUAAUUCAAACAGUGGAAAUAAAGUAAUUGAUAAUACAUCAUCAUCAUCAAAUAUGGGAACAUUAUCUACUGUUGGUGGUAGUGCUGCUAAUAGUUCUGAAGAGGAUAAAAUCAAAGAAAUGUUAACACAAUCAACCAAAGAUUAUGAUCCAUCCAAAUAUGCAAGAGGACGUGGACCAAUGGGACCAUUACCACCAAAUUAUACUUGUUAUCGUUGUGGAAAACCUGGACAUUAUAUUAAACAUUGUCCAACAAAUAAUAUCGAUGUUAAACGUAGUACGGGUAUACCACGUAGUUUUAUGAUAACAGUUGGACCUGAACAAAAAGGUGCAAUGAUAACAGCAAAUGGUGAAUAUGCUGUACCAAUUAUUGAUCAUGUUGCAUAUAAAGAAGUGAAAAAAGAAAAAGCACCAUUUUCCGAAAGUGAAAACGAAUUGAAUGCUGAACAACAACAAAAAAUCGAAAUACCUGAAGAGCUACAAUGUUCAUUAUGUAAAAAUCUAUUACAGGAUGCCGUACUGGUACCAUGUUGUGGCAACAGUUUCUGUGAUGAAUGCAUACGAUUAUUAUUAUUGGAAUCGGAUAAUCAUGAAUGUCCAAGUUGUCAUGAACAAAAUGUUUCACCGGAUAAUCUUAUACCGAAUCGUUUUUUACGUUUAUCAGUGGAUAAAUUUCGUAAGGAAACUGGAUUUACGAGUAGAAUGGUUAAAGCGGAUCAAACAAAUGACAGUAAAAUGGAUGAUGGAAAUGUUCAAAAGGAUGUUCAAAAAGAUGCUCAAGAAGAUGAUGGCGAAAAUCGAAUAAAAAAUGAAAAUUCUGAUCAAGAAUGUUCAAAUGAUACGGAAAAAGAUGUUGAUAAUAACGAUGAUGCGAACAAUGUAAAAAUCGAAAAAAUCGAUAAUGAUAAUGAUGAUGAUGGCAAAACAACAACUAGUAUUACUAAUGAUGAUGCGGAUAAUGAUGGUGAUCAUCGAGAUGGUGAUCAAAAAGAUGAUGAAAGUGAAAAAAUUACCGAUAAUAAUGAUGUUGUUGUUGAAAGAAAAAGCAGUAGUGAUAGAAAUCCAAUACCAACCACUAGCCGUACUGAUUCGGAAUCAUCAUCCUCAUCAACAGCAUCGUCGUCAGCGUUGUUGUCGACGUCAUCAUCGUCGACGAAUAGAAUUGGAUCAAAUCAAUUAACUGUGAUUGGUGGUGGUAAUGUAUUACCACCACCGCCACAUAUUUUUGGUCAAUUUCAUUCAAAUUUUUCAAAUAAUCGAUUUCGGAAUCAUAUGCAUAUGGGUAUACGAUCACAUAAUCGUGUCCAACCAUCAAUAUUACCACGACCACAUGGAAUGUUACCAUUACCACCACGAUUAUCAUCACAUCAACAGAAUCGUAAUCUAUUACAAUCAUCAGAUAAUUCGACUACUGCUACAGGUGCAUCAACAGUUCCAUUUCCACCACCACCAGUUCCAUUACCACCUGGUUUAAGUCAAAUGGGUUUACCACCAAUACCACCACCACCACCAUUACCAGCAUUUUUUGCCGGACAAAUUCAUCGUAAUCCAUUAUAUGAUAAUACAAUGUAUGGUUUAAAUAAUCGUAUGGGUUCGUUGAAUCCAUUACAUAUUCCAUAUGGACCAAAUGGUCUUGAUCCAUUAACAGCUGCUGCAUUAAACGGUAGUCGUUCAUUAAUGGAUAAUCAUCCUCAUCAUUAUUAUUCAUCAUCAUCAUCAUCAUCGCGUAAAUAUGAUGAUUAUGAAGAUCAAUUAGAACGUUUUAAUCGACAACUUGAAUCUCGAAGUCGUUCACGUUAUGAUGAUCGUGAUCGUUCUGGACGAUCAAUAAUUGAUAAUCGAAGACGUAGUCGUUCACGUUCACCAUCUUCUAGUCAUCAUCAUCAUCAUCAACAACAACAACGUCAACGUAAUCGUCGUUCACGUUCACGAUCAAUAUCAUCAAGAGGUUCAUCACCAUCAAGUAUACGUUCAAAUCGAUCACCAUCAUCAAAUACAAAUCGUCGUCAUCAUCAUCAUCGUUCUAAACGUUCAACAUCACGUGAACAAUAUGAAUCAAGAAAUCGAGAUGAUGAUCGUCGUAGUCAUCAUCGUGAUCAUAGUGAUCGUCAACGAUCAUCACAAACACAUCGAUCAUCACGUUCACCAUCAUCAUCACAUUAUCAUAAUAGAUAUGGAUCGAAUGUUGUAGGUGGUGGUAGUAAAUCAUCAUCAUCAUAUCAUGUCGGCAACAAUCCAUCCAUCAGCAGCAGCCAUCGACAGAAUAGAAGUGGUGGUAGUAACGAAGAUAGUAAUCGACAAAGAUCUCGUUCACGUUCUUAUUCAAAAUAUGAUAAAAGAGGUGAAUAUGAAGAACAAAGAAACCGUGAACAACAACAUUAUCGUAGUGGUGGUGAUCAUCAUGAUAAAAUUCAUAAUGAUGACAGUCGCCAUAAGUCAUCAUCAUCAUCUGGUACACGCUCGAAACGUGAAUCUUCUUAUCAUUCCAGUCGAACUGCAGCAAUUGCUGACAAAGAUGAAUCAUCUUUAACGAUAAAACAACAUCGAUCAUCAUCAUCACAACAUAAUAAUAAAUAUGAUCAUCCGGAUCAUUCUAUCGAUGAUGAUCAUCAACAUCAUAGACGAAAACGUAACCGUAAUGAAUAUGAUGAUGAUGAUGAUAAUCAAAGAAUGAUCGAUCUAGAUAGACGAAUGAUGAAUGAAUUUGAUUCAAAUAAUUUUGAUUAUAUUCGACCGAAAGAAUCCAAUUUGAUCGAUAUUAAAUUACAAGAUGAUGAUGAUGACAAAAAUGAGCAACAACAAGAUGAUGAUAAACGCCAAAAUGAUUCGGGUAAUGAGGAUGAUCUGGAUGAUGAUGACGAAAAACCAAUCAAAGAAUCAAAAUCGAUUACAGGCAAGACAAUUCAUGGUUCUCGAACUAGCCAUAGAUCAAAAGGAAAAUCAUCAUCAUCGAUUACCAGUCAGAAGAAAAAGAAAAAAAGCCGAAGUCAUCAUAGUGAAUCAAGUAGUAGUAGUGAAAGUAGCUCAAGUAGUAGUGAUGAUGACAGUUCUUCAUCAUCUUCUUCAUCCGACGACGACGACGACGAUGAUGGUGCUUCAUCAACAACAUCGAAUGCUGAAUCAAUACCGGAAUCGAAAGAAAUUAAAUCAAAGAAAAAAUCAAGAAACCAUCAUGAUGGUGAUGAUGAUCGAAAAAAAGAUUCAAAAAAUCGAAUCGAAACAUCAACAAAAUCCGAACAUCAUCGUGAUCGAAAUAGUAAACAUUCGAAAAAUAAAUCAACUAAACAUCAUUCGAAAUCAACUUUAAAAUCAUCAUCUGAUUAUCAUGGCCAUCAUCAACAUCAAAGUAAAUCAAAAUCAUCAUCAUCAUCAAAAAAUGAAAAAUCUUUGAAAAAUUCCACUGCUAAAUCAUCAUCAUUGACAAAACAAGAUGAGAAUAAGGGUAGCAGCAGCAGUAGUAAACGUUCGAAAAGAUCAAGUAAAGAUGAUGAUGAUGAUGAAUCAAAGAUUAAGGAAAAAGAAGAAGAAAAUAAUACUUUGGUCCCCUCUUCUGUUACUUUUACUGAUAAUGUAAUCGAUAUUAUGGCAUUGGAAAAUAAUAAUAAUACUCAAAAGAAAACUUUAACAGAAAAGGAAAAUAAUGAAGAAGAACAAUGUAACGAUGAACAACAACAACAACAACUAUCAAGUGAUGUUCAAAAAGAAGAAAAAACCCCCGAACAUUCGAUUAAUAAUGUUGAACAAAUGAAAGAAUUAUCUGUUGGACAAAUAGAAAAAGUACAACAUGAACAGCAACAACAAGAUAAAGAAGAAGAAGAUUUCGGUACUGUUAUUAACAAAAAAAAUUUAUUGGAAGAAGAUUUAUUACCGCCUCCACCAAUAUCGGUAGUAUCAUCUAAGAAAAUAUCAUUUGUAAAUAAAAUAAAGACGACGACUACAAGUAACAACAAAGAAUUGCCGAAAAAUAAAAUUGAUCAAGAUGAUGUUGAAAUAAAAAUACAAGAAGAUUAUAGCGAUUUAGAAAGUGAAGAUAAUGUUGUGAAUAAGGCCGCUAGUAGUUCUGCUGUUACAAUUGCUGCUGAUCAUAUCGGUGAAACAUUGAAUCGAUCAGAACAGAAUGACAAACGUAAAAUUAUUAAAGCGAAUAAAAAACUUUCGGAUGAUUCGAUCGUUGAUGGUGAUGGUGUUAAAAAUAUGAACGACGAUGGUGUUAACGAUGAUAAUGUUGUUGGUAGUGGCCGUAAACAUUCGAAAGUAAUACAAACAAAUGAACAAGGUAAAUUAUUAGUAUCAUUUUCAAUUGGACAACAAAAACAAAAACGUUCAUCACGUGAUAAUGAUAAUGAACAUUCGAAAGAAUCAUCUGCAAAACUUAAAUCAAAAAUAAGUUUAAAAGAAAAAUCAAAAGAAAGUGUUAAAAGUGAAUCAUCUUCAUCAUCGAAGUUAUCGAAACAUGAUUCUUCUUCGGAACAUCGACAUAAAAAAGAUAAAGAACGUUCAAAAGAUAAGAAAAAAGAUCGAUCAGAUAAAAAAGAUCGUCACUCUCAUCAUCAUUCAUCAUCAUCAUCAUCGAAAAAUAAAGAUAAAGAUUCAAAGGAUAAAAUGGAUUCAUCAUCCAAAUCUAAAUCAUCAUCAUCAUCAAAGGAUAAAAAACGUGAUAAAGAAGAGAAACGUCAUCAUUCAUCAUCAUCGACAUCUUUGACAACAUCGACAACAACAACAAAAUCAAAACGUUCACAUCGUAAACGUUCACAUUCAGAAAGUUCCGCAGAAGAAGAUAAUAAUAGCAAUGGUGGUGAUGGUGGUAGUAGCGGCGAUGAACAAAAUGAUUCAGGUAAAUUAUCAUCUGUAAAAUUUUCAAUAGUAAAAAAGAAAAUCAAAUCGGCUAUUGAUCCAAUUUCAUUUAAACAUUCA